GUUUUAGGCUAUUGACAUUCCAAAAUUUUAUACCAGUAGGGUAGUAAAAUAAAUUUGUUGUUUCUUGCAGCCAACGCGAGAGUAAAUUUAAGUCCAUAAUUUGUAACGGAUUAACGCGGUCUGUUCGUAAUCACACCCGCGAAUGCCUAGAUUAUGCGGAGUUUUGAGUCGUACGUCAAGGUUUUCCAGCUAAAACUAAGUAAUUAUGACAAGCAUCCUUGGGAACAUAGUGUUGAGCAACGAAUUUUGCAAGGAAUAGAUCAACAUUCUGCUCAUGAUGGAAAAGCACGGGCUGGUCUUAUCGAUGUCGAUGUAGUACGGGGUUCAGUUUUUAACAAAGGUAAACCUAGGCAUGGAUGGAUGUCAGCUAUACGUUUGGGUUUGCUUCGUGUAGCGUUUGCUCCGUUUUUCUGGAAUUAUUGGCGUGGGCAUACAUCGUUUCGUGUUGCUGUCUAUAUCAUGGUUCACUUUUUUCUACAAUUUCUACAAGUCGUAUUUUUUCUUCUAACGGAUCCACGAACUAGCAAUAGUUCACAGGAUGAUGUUCUUCUCCCUUGUUUAUUGGCUGUAUGCCUGGGUAUUCUUCAUGCACAUAUAACCGCCCCGCAUGGGAAGACUAGUUUAUAUUCAUCUGUAAAGGAUGGUCCAUUAUCCGCUCAGUCUUUCAAGGAUACGGCUGAUCAGGUUCACAAUUUAAAUGCAAACUUUUACCACCACUGUCCAGAUAACUUACAGACUAAUAAACAUGGGAGUACACAGAAUAAUUUGAAAAGACCUAAUGAAUAUAAUCGGCAUCCUACGCAUUCAUCAACUUCAGAAAGUCGACAGCAUUUAAAUAAUAUCUACUCGGCAAAUCAUCAUUUGAGCAGUUCUCCACUUCAUAACCAAGAGAAUGUAGAUAAUAAUUCAGAGCAUCCAGAUAUCUAUGAGAACAACUGUUCUGAAUAUUACAACCCUUCAGAUUUAGUAUGCAGAGAUUAUGGAAAGUCACAAAGAAAUAUACACUGGAAAUCCGGUGAUCCAGAGUUUCGAAAAAUUUUAACUUCAUCCCAUAAAUCCUAUUCAGCUCAUCCUAACAGUGAUUAUCAUGGUGAAUUUUCCACUAUUUACAGACAAAGUGGUAAUAAUCAAUGCGAAUUAAAUGAAUCUGAUAUAACUCACGAAACAGAGGGUCCUCAGUCUCCACUAACUUUGGAAGAAGAAUGUGGAAGAAGUAAACUUCUUCAUAGUUCUCAGAUAUUAGAGCAUAGACCAAGACUGGUUCGUAGGCGCAGACGCCAAAAUAGCUAUAGUUCAAAGCAUGGGAAUUCAAGUCGUGGACACGAUGCGGAUGUGGAGGAAAGUGAAGCUGAAUCAGAAACUGUUCCGGUUAAAAAGAACACUGAUUUAGUUGGUUUUGAUGACCAAGGUGUUCCAUUUGAAACAGUCAAUGACGCUCACCCUGACUCACGUUCUCAGUCAUACUUCAAGGAUAAUGUCCACCAUGUGAUGAACUCUAACCACCAGUUAACAUCACAAUUAAAAAAGCCGUCUAAACGUGUAUCGAAAAAGGAGGAUUCAUCUGAAUUUCAACAAGAUUCUUCAAAUCAACUUGCAGGAAAUCUUGGUGCAAACAUUUCAGUCAAUACAGAAUCCUCCUGUGAGGUGGUACCUAUUCACGAUUCCAUUAUACCCUUAAAAGGUGAUCAAUUAUCCAAAUCUUCGAAUGUACAUCCUCAUCUAUCACAUCUUUCCUCUCUGAGUAGUUCAAUUGAUUCUUUUACUGAAUCAACUUGUUUUUCAUUCAAACGUUCUCUAUCAUACGAUUGUUUAACGAAACGACAACAGAAUUUAAGUUAUACAGAUACAGAUGCACCAAACAACAAUAAUAUGUUAAGGAAUUCAUUUUCUGAAGCAGUAUUAGGUCGUUCGAAUUUAUCUGAAUUUUUCCGCAAACAACUAUGUGAUAUGAAUGAAGAAAAAGGCUCAGAGUACCCAUCGAAUUUAUCGCUAAAGGAAAAACAACAUUUUCAGUGCACUUAUGAUACUAAGGGCGAGGUUGGCGCGGUGUAUAAUAUGCCUGAAGUCAGUCAACAGGAACAACCAACUACUGAGAAUACUUCAUACCGCAAGAUAUCAUUAUCCUCACACUCUUCAGCAGGUACCGAAUCAUCUACUAAUUCUGCUCGAUCUUUUAAUUCCUUAAGAAAGUAUCCAAAACGAAGUGGUCAUAUCUUCGAAUUGGAAUCCGUACAUGAUAUUGGUGCAGAAUUGACAGCUAAUCCGAAAUGCGUUGACAGCCUGUUAGACAGGAAAAUGCAUUCCAGUUAUAAUGAUAUUCUUAAAUCAAUUGAUGUAAACAAAAAAUUUGCAGUCCAACAGGAUGAUCGGUUCAAGGAUCUUGAGAAGUUAGACGAGUUUGAUAAGAAACACGGGGUGGAUUUUGAAAGCCGUGAUCGUCCAGAAUUUAAAAAUAAAUCUUAUGAAUUUAUCAAUAAGGAUGAUACUAUUACUGUAUACAAUAGACAAAGGGCUAAAUAUUUACGAUUAUUCUUACAACGUGCUUGUCAUUCACAACAUCAACAACAACAACACCAACAAUUACAACAAGCACGCUUGAUGCUACCUCCUGAACAAACAGAUACCGAUAUGAUGGAAUCGGAGACAGUACUGCUCAAUAAUAAACGAUCAUUAACAAAUAAUAAACAUUCAAAUAAAUAUACCUCUACAUAUACAAACGGUGAUGUGAAUUUCAAGUCAUCUAAUCAUCGUAUCUCUUCGUUAACAUUCACUAAUAAAAGUUGUUUAAAGUCAUCUUCACAGAAAGUGUUUUACAAUUGCUAUGAAGCUAAUUCUUCCUCUGGAAAUGUUAAUAAUCGAGUAACAACCACUACGGAUAUUUCCAAUUCACAAAGUUCAACAGUUCAUGAAUCUAGACGAAAUAUGAAUCGGUUCAUGGAUCCGAUUACUGGUUUCGUUCAUGACACAUAUUCUCAUUCACAUUAUUUUACAAAAGGUGAACAACACGAUACCAAUAUGAACACACGAGGUCAAACAGCCUCAGAAACUGAAUAUUUUGAUCGUAUCAAUAGCGAUUUGGGAAGUGAUGUGGACUCUUCCUCUUGUCCGGAUGAAGUAGAAGCUCCAUCACCACCCACGUGUGGAAACGAAUUGCCUAAUUGGCAAAAUUCAAAUGCUAGAUCUGAUGUAAAUCUCGAUCCUAUACAAGGAAUUCCAAAAAGUGAUAAAACUCAAGUAUCAAGAAGAUCUUCUUAUAGUUGUCGCAAUAGAAAACACUAUUGUCCGAAAUGUCGUUCUCGUCCCAAUGUCUCGGUAUCAUCAAACACUGAUUCUGGUCCACUUAAUAGUGUCGAGGAAUUUAAUAAUGUCAAGAACAGCAAUGAUGGUAAAUCACUUGAAUCCGAAGAACUACCAUCGAAACCAGUAAGCAUUCCUACACAAGGCGACAAAAUUAUGUCGAAUAUAAAUGAAGAAAUAUUGCAUUCGGCGGUUACAUUUGAGCAAAAGGAUCAGCACUUGGAGGAUGAAGUAACUAAGGAAAAUUUGAGAAAUAUUCUUCUUAAAACUCAUUUGAAUAGAGAUUCAUAUGCUUAUGAUAAUCUGAAAUCUGCCAAGGAUGACACUGUUCGUUGUUAUAUGUGGGCUGGAGAGAAGUUGUCAAAAUUCAAUCUAACCAUGUUGGAUAUUGGAAAGAAUGUAAUCUAUGCUGUUGAACGACAAAAUGUUUCUUCGGAUUACAUAAUGCUUGCUUGUAUUGCUACAUUUCUAUUGCCUUUUGUAGCUGUCAUAUUUCACUCGACUAAUUCAACAAACAAUUCUGAUCACUUGAUAAUUAAUCCAUCGAAUGUACAAAAUAAUGAUGGUCAAUUUCUAUCAUCGUUUAUAACAGGAGAUAAUAUAUUAUUUCUUGAAAAUAAUAAUUCUUUAAAUCAAACAUUAUUUACACAUUUAUUUACUUCUAAUAAUUCUAUUUUUGGAAAUACUGUUAUCGGAUUGUAUAUACGUGCUAUAUUAAGCAUUUUCAAUCAUUUAUUUUCUUCUGUUCUACUAAAAAUGUACAAUUUAUUAAUUGGUGCUGAUGUACAAUCUUUUAAUUGUUCUCAACCUUAUUGUAUAAUAUUUUGGAAUAUUGUAACUGGACAAUUCUUUAUUAAUUGGUUCUCUAAACCAGAUAUACAAGGACGUUUGGUUAUCUUAAUUGGAUUCAUAUUAAGAUUCAAUGUGUAUGGUACGGUAUUCUUCCUAUUAUGCAUUGCUGAACGCACUUUUCAAGAGCGUUUACUUUACGCGAAAUACUUUUUCUCCUUAACAUCUGGACGUCGUGCUCUAAAAUAUCGAGUACCACAGUUUCGUCUGAAUAAAAUUGGUCAUAUAAAGUGUUGGUUAAUGCUUCGAUCGUAUUUAAAGAAGCGUGGUCCACAACGAUCAGUUGAAAUUAUCAUGGCAACUGCAUUUUAUAUUGUCUUCACACUGGGUCUCAGUUUAUGUGCCCAACUUCUUUCAAAAAGUCGUGGAAGUGUUUUUCUUCAAUUAACUAAUUGGGAUAUCUUGGGUCUUACUUUUGGCAUCGUCAUCUUUCUCUAUCGUUUCAUUCUUCUUGGUACAAAAAUCACAAAGAAAUACCGUAACUUUUCUGUACUUAUAACUGAACAAAUCAAUCUCUAUUUGAGUAUGGAAAGUAAACCGCAUAAAAAGGAAGAUUUAAUGCUUACAUUUCAAGUUCUACGCUUAGUUGAAAGUUUAUUAAAAGAAGUGGAUGGCCCAUUCCGUGUUUGUGGUUGGACAUUGAAUCCUUUAGUCUAUAAUAUAUUUAAAUUAGUUCUACUUUCAUGUGUAUCUACCCUGUUAUCAGAAUCAUUGGGUUUCAAACUGAAGUUAUACAAAUUAAAGUUGAAUCCAUCCAACUGGUAAAAUGGAAAGUAGACGAAGAAGAAGAAAACGAAACAGAGAAAAACUCAACGAAUUAUGUUUGCUUAUCUUUUUUGUAGAAAAAAAAAUUGAAAAAUAAAUAUCUAUCUAGCUAUCUUCAUUUUAGUUAUUUAUUUAUUUAUUUUAUGUGAAUACAAUAAACGUGUUUUUAGUUUCGUACAGUGAAUGAACAUGCAACAUGUAGACUCUGUAUUUGUGAAUUAGUUAAUUAAUCAGUUAAUUAAUUAGUCAAUCAAUGAAUCGGUUAUUUAUUAUUAUUAUUUAUUUCUACUUCUGAUCUUUUCUUUGUUAUCUCUCUCUCUCUCGUGAACAUAACUCAAAUCAUUUAGAGAGAGAGAGGAGGGGAGGACAAUCAUUUGAAAAUACAACGAUCAACUUCCGGUUUUUUGAUUUCUUUCACAGUAUACCACAUCUGUAUAACAAUGUUUCAUGUUGUUUACACACUUGGCAGGAUAUACAUGCACAGUAUGAAUUUUUCUGUUUUUUUUAAAAAAAAAAACUAUUUCCAAUGUCAGUAUUUGUCCAUUACUUAAUAAAUAAUCUUUAUUUAUCUUAUGAUUAGUUGUCACAUUAGUGUCAUUUCUGAUGAGAACGCCAUGCUGCACUCAAACUAUCUAGUUAUUCCUUUCUUAACAUUGUGUUCAGAUGAUGCUCUAUUCUACGUGUUUGUGUGUGUGUGUGUGCAGCAGGGUUCUGGGGGGGGAUUAACACACAUUCAUUUUUCAUUAUUUAUUCCUCUCUGACAAAAAAAAUGUGAUAUAACUGUAAAAAAAUAGAAUAUUAGUAAUACGUUUCUAUACGAUUCUAAUUUUUAUUUAAAGGCUUAUAUCGUUGUUGUAAAAGGUAUUGAUCAUUUUGAGCUUGAUUUCCACCUUGAGUUUGUUUCUGAGAGUUGAAGAAAGCAGAAUUUCUCAUCCUCAACAUACAUAAUAUAUAAUAUAUUCAUUGUAAAACUUUGUCAUCCACCUUACACCUCCUCGUCGCCGCCCGCCUUCCAUUCAUUUGUCGAAAAUGUCAUAGAAGACUGUAAUUCUAGUCAUGAAGAACUUUUUACCCUCUUCUUCGUCUUCAUACAACUUCUUUAUGCCUUUUUUUCCUGUGUCUAUACUUCCACUAAUUAAUAAUACACGUAGACAGUUGAUUUGUCUGUGUUAUCAUCAACAACAACAACAUUAUUAUUAUUAUUAUUGUUAUUAUCAGCUUCGAAUAAAUAAAUGUCUUUUAGAAUAAAGAAUAAUACUAGUUAGCGCUGUAUUUAAAAAAAUAAAUACAAUUGCUCUAGCUAAUUCUUUUGUUUUGAUUUCUUUUUUCUUUGUAAAAUUACAUUUCAUUUUGUGUACAAAAUACAACGAAAUUAGUUUCUGUUAAAUUUUUUUUUCUGAUUCACAUAUAAUCACGAAAUAAAGUUCGCUU